GGGAUGGAAAGCGCAUCCUCACAUCUGUCAGGGACUUAGACACCAUCCUGAGUGAAGUGAAGUGAUCACCCUCUACACACCUGCUCACACACUAGUGUCCCUCUGUGAUCACAGCCUGGUCUGGACCAGGGAGAUUCCCUCUACACCUAUACCAGAGACUUCAAAACCUCCGGAAAACCCAUUGGCUAACUCUAUCCUCAGCAGUGUGGAGCUUGUCCUGCUCAUCCAGUGGAAAUACCCAGUGUAACUGGUCUAUGUGGACCCGUUCAGGUCUGGAUCUGCUUAACUGAGUUCUCCUAAACUAAAACAACACCUGGGAUAUCCAGAAAGGAGGAAUCAUAAAAUCCUGCUCUCUUUGAAUUGGACUGGACAUAUCAUAAUCUCAUAUGGGACAUAUCCAACAUGAUGACAAGUACGUGAAAAGAGAAGAAAGUAAACAUUGCAAUGGGGCCUGCUGCUGUAGUGAUGCCUCUGACUACUCUUCUGUGAAAUAUGGAGAAAUCUGGUCCGAUGCUGGCCUCUAUUCCUAAUCGCACAGGGGACAACCUCACAACCGGUCUAUGGGGACCCAACCCCACAGUCCCUGCAGAGGUGGGAGUGGUCACCAGCUCCCAGUCUCAGAUUAAAGAUCUGAUUGGGCUGUUUGCAAUGGUGACCCUUAAUCUCAUCGCCCUAUUGGCCAACACUGGAGUCAUGGUGGCCAUCGCCCGCGCCCCACACCUGAAGAGGUUUGCCUUUGUGUGCCACCUGUGUGCAGUGGACCUGCUGUGUGCCAUCCUCCUCAUGCCCCUGGGCAUCAUAUCCAACUCACCCUUCUUUGGCACCGUGGUGUUCACGGUGUUGGAGUGCCAGGUCUACAUCUUCCUCAACGUGUUCCUCAUCUGUGCCUCCAUCCUCACCAUCACCGCCAUCAGUGUGGAGCGCUACUACUACAUCGUCCAUCCCAUGCGCUACGAGGUGAAGAUGAGCAUCAAUCUAGCCAUCAGCAUAAUGCUCCUCAUAUGGGUCAAGUCCAUCCUUCUGGCCCUGGUCACCCUGUUUGGUUGGCCUGCCUACGGGGCCCACAGCUCCAUUGCUGCCAACCACUGCUCCCUCCACUGGAGCCACAGUCGGUUGAGGAAGGUGUUCGCCGUGCUCUUCAGCGUGGUGUGUUUCCUGUUACCUGCCAUUGUCAUCUUCGCUGUCUACUGUAACGUGUACAAGGUGGCGCGCUCGGCUGCCCUGCAGCACGCACCCGCGACCACAACCUGGGCCUCGUCCAACCCAGCCAAACGUGCCAACCGUUCUGACUCCAUCAACAGCCAGACCACCAUCAUCACCACCACCCGCAGCCUGCCCCAGAGACUGUCCCCUGAGAGGGCAUUCAGCGGGGGUAAGGCUGCCCUCACCCUGGUGGUCAUUGUGAGCCAGUUCCUGCUCUGCUGGCUGCCUUACUUCUCCUUCCACCUGCACUUGUCCUUCAGAUCGUCCCUGCAGAGUCCUGGGGACGUGGAGGAGGCCGUCACCUGGCUUGCCUACUCCUCCUUCGCUGUCAACCCUUUCUUUUAUGGCCUUCUCAACAGGCAGAUCAGGGAGGAGUUGGUCAAGUUCCGGCGCUGCUGCUCCUCCGGGCCAGUGGAGCUGGUGGCCUCCAGCCAUGAGGGCUCCUUUCAGGAGAACUUCCUCCAGUUCAUUCAGAGAAGCAGCAGCACGGCCGACAAGCGCUCCAGCUGCACCAACUCCAGCCCCAGGAACACUCUGGACCAGGGGGUCAGAAUACCUGGCCAGAUACCAGAGGAGCAUGGCUAAACAAAGGACAGUGGACAACACACUUCAAUUUGGACUGUUAAUAUGACAGCUCUCUGUACUCUCACCCUGAGUUUUUCCUGAUUAUGUGUCCUGACCAGGAAAACUAUAGGGCCCUGAGGUUUUUCAGGUCAGAUCAUGUGGUUGGUAAAAACUCAAUCCUGUACUCAUAAGCUGUACCUAAUAUGCCUCUGAGUAGGUGUCCAUUAUUUAUUGGUAUGGGAUUCAUUCAGGUAAGGUCUCCAACACAAGACCAGUGUUUUAAUGUGAAAUAAGAAAUUAUUGUGACAGAAUUUAAUUGACUUUACCAUUGUUUCAUGACAGGCCUAAACCGAAACAUUAUGUUAAACAGUCUCCAUAUAUACUUCCAUUCAUUGUUUCAACUGGUAGCAAGGGACCUUCAGAUGAGUUUCGUGUGGCCUCACCAUCAUGUUCGUUAGAGUCUCAUCUUUCCAUAGUUUGUAGGCCAAACCGUUGGUACGCUACAAAUGAUUUUGUGAGCAGACCGAUUUUCGGGAUUGUCUCGUGGUCUGACGAACACCACUCUAGUUCUUUCACCACAGAUGCAGAAUUGUGAUAUAGGCAGAUGUGGUGGACUGAGAGGCAUCCAUUUCCCCCAAAAACACAUCUCUAGCUUAAAUUGACAGAUUUUUAUGGGGAUUUUUUUAUUAUUACAAUUAGAUUUACACAGGGGCGCGGACAUCGACCUUAGGGGGUUAAAAUGUAUGCUUGUUUUAUAUAAUGUUGUAUGAAUCAUAAUCUCAGCAAAAAAAGAAACAUCCUCUCACUGUCAACUGCGUUUAUUUUCAGCAAACUCAACAUUUGUAUAUAUUUGUAUGAACAUAACAAGAUUCAACAACUGAGACAUAAACUGAACAAGUUCCACACACAUGUG